UCAUAGGCAAUUACAAAUCACAAUAUGAGAUGCAUAGUUAAGCCAAUAAUUAUGAUAUGCUGUUUAUCAACGGCGAGUAUUGCAUAUAUACAGAAACAAUGUGAGCCCGAAGCCUAUUAUGAUCCUGGUCUAUUAGGAUGCCAGUCAUGUCCGGCCAAUUCUUCAAUGAUUACGUCACUAGACGGCUUUGGAUGUAGAUGUGAUGAGCACAGCGUACCAGUAAAUCCAGCAAAAUGUAAACCCUGCAAUGCCACUGAGCUGGUUUCAGCGGAUCGAAGCAUGUGUGUGCCCCGACGAUGUCAGAAUGUAUCCGGUAGAUUCGUUUGUCGGAAAUGUCCUAGUGAUUAUAUUUCAGUGACACAAAACUUCGACGGAUCGCCGAUGAAGGAAGUUCAAUGCGUGAAGUGUGCCCGAGGUUACAAAGCCGAUAACAAUGUUUGCGUCAAAUGCGAAGGAUGCGCGUGCUCCAAGAAUGAGGUCGUGAUACGGGGGAUUUGUGUGCCGAAAACGUUCUUGAACACGAGACCGAAAUACGAAAAGACCGUGCUGCAUCCGUUAGUUCUGUUAGAUGUUAUAAAAUACGAAUAUUUAUGUACGCAAAAAGAUUAUCGCGCGUGCCGUACUUUAGCCAACAUAUGUGUGAAGAAUUUCUAUUUAAACGACUUAGCGGGGCCGUGCCGGCUUUGGCUUCAAACUAAAUUACCAAUUAUAAAAGGUUUACCAGCCCUAAUAAUUGAAUCGUCCGAUGAAAAGCAAUCGUGGAAUACGGAUUUAUCCAGCGGGAAGAAUGAAAUUAAAAUAGCUGUGGCAGUUUAUACGAAAAGUGGUGGACUUAAAUUUCUGAGUGACAAGAACGUAAUUUCACCCUGUCAUUUACCGGUGAAGUUCAAAAUAGGCGAUGAUAUUUCAUUCGAUUGUUCCAUAAACAUUACAGACUUAACCUCGUCGAGUUUUAAUGAGACCUUAGCGCCUUUUAUCUCCUUCGAAGAUAAUUUCGAAGCAUUACCAGUGUCUUUGAAGAAACCUGAUGGCCAAUACGUUCAGAAACAAACAUGGCCGUCCUAUAAAUUUCGUAGAUAUUUCUUAGUACACAAAGAGCUCUCUGCCGUAUCUAAUAUCAGCAAUGUAAUUUAUCUACGGACUUUAUACAUCCGUUUGAGGAUUGAAAAAGUCAAGCAUGCGACGGGCGGUCUCCGUUUGGAAAUUACCACGGAAACCGAAUAUGCCAACGCGAUGACUUCUAGUGCUACUUCGUCAUUGAAGAUUGAGCACCACAUGCCGGAUGCGGGUAUUUUUCGAGGACUAGAGAUAUGGGGUUUCGUCCUGGGCACAUUGACAUCCUUGUACGCUUUAGUACAAUGGCGGGGCGUGGUGCGUCGGGGCGCAUCCUAUGCCUCUGUGGUGCCAUUAGUAUCGGCGGCACUCGCUGACACAUUAUAUUUUUCUGCGUUAAUAUCGACGAUUCAUGCAUUAGCCGCAGAAGCCGGUACGCUUCCACUUGUCUUACCGCUUUCUAAACGAGAGGAAUCUAUUAUUAAAAUGUUAAUCUAUUCAUCUGUUUCAUUAAAGGCAAUCAAAGUUGUUUGGGUGAAUUGGAAGCAGUGUCGAAGCGAUAUAUUCUUUUUGGAUUGGUCACUAUACAACUCUCCGUGGAGAGAUGAAGCCGUUGUUUAUAAAUCAGAGUACUGGAAGACAUCAUGUUUGGUUAGAGAAUGGAGUCUUAUGCAAACAAAAAGGAGAGCUCCACUGGGCUACACGGUUACUAUAACUCUACUGGUUCUCUACGUAUUAAAGCCGUGGAAAUCGUCUCUACCAAAAAGCGAUGGGUAUAAAUGGGCAGUUACUGCCAUAGCGUGGUGGUCUUCGUACUCAAUUGUUUUUCUCUUAAAAUGGGCUCUAAAUAAAGUAGCCGGUUCAGACGCAGAAGUCCUGCCGAAGAGUUGCACUGCACUUGAUGUGUCCGUGCUGGUUUUUGAGGAGGAAUACUAUGCUCAUUAUGUGCACGGAAGAAACGACGAAUCAAAAGAAAUAAGAACGUUGGCUGGUCCUCUUGCGAUUUGUCGGAUCGUUUGCUCUCCACAACUAAGGGCUGUCUACAAACAAUUAUCAACUGUUACUCCAGGUCUCGGGGUAGGCGAAACGAAGCAAAUAGUUCUAUCAAAAUUUCUAGCAGCUUUCAUAGAAAGGGCUUUAGAUGGUAUGAGUUGGGUUGCCAGCGAAAGAACGUUCCUAGAAAAACUUCUAGGAAUUGAGCUUUCGACCCGGGAAACUGGUAGCACUAGUACUUUACUAUAUGAUGACAGUAAUACGCCUUCCUGCUUCGCUGUUACGUGCCCUGAUGAUUUAUCGACCGCGAUCCUCCGUCGCAAGGACAGACCCAACCGUCUCAUUGUCGAAGAAGCAGUCAGCGAUGACAACUCAGUCGUGGCACUUUCACAGGCCAAAAUGGAGCAACUUCAACUCUUCCGUGGUGACACAGUCUUGCUCAAGGGCAAACGCCGCAAGGAAACCGUUUGCAUCGUGCUCUCAGAUGAUAAUUGCCCUGAUGAGAAAAUUCGGAUGAACCGUGUCGUGAGAAACAACCUUCGUGUGCGUCUUUCUGAUGUGGUAUCCAUAGCUCCGUGUCCUUCAGUGAAAUAUGGAAAACGAGUCCACAUACUGCCAAUUGAUGAUUCAGUUGAGGGUCUUACUGGCAAUCUAUUCGAAGUAUACUUGAAGCCGUACUUCAUGGAGGCUUACCGUCCGAUCCAUCGUGACGACACCUUCAUGGUCCGGGGGGGCAUGCGCGCCGUCGAGUUUAAAGUGGUCGAAACAGAUCCAUCACCAUUUUGCAUCGUGGCUCCUGAUACUGUAAUACACUGUGACGGUGAACCGAUUAAACGUGAGGAAGAAGAGGAAGCACUAAAUGCUGUCGGCUAUGAUGACAUCGGCGGUUGUCGCAAACAACUGGCGCAAAUUAAGGAGAUGGUGGAGUUGCCACUGCGUCAUCCUUCACUGUUCAAGGCUAUUGGAGUGAAGCCUCCACGCGGCAUUCUCAUGUAUGGGCCGCCUGGUACCGGAAAAACACUCAUUGCUCGUGCUGUUGCUAAUGAAACAGGAGCUUUCUUCUUUUUAAUUAAUGGACCGGAGAUCAUGUCUAAGCUGGCGGGAGAAUCGGAGUCAAACCUCCGUAAGGCGUUUGAGGAAGCCGACAAGAACUCUCCGGCUAUUAUCUUCAUUGAUGAACUCGAUGCUAUUGCACCAAAGAGAGAGAAAACCCACGGUGAAGUGGAAAGACGUAUCGUUUCACAGUUAUUGACGCUUAUGGAUGGCAUGAAGAAGUCGUCCCAUGUGAUCGUGAUGGCGGCCACGAACCGGCCGAACUCCAUCGACCCGGCGCUGCGGCGCUUCGGGCGGUUCGACCGCGAGAUCGACAUCGGCAUCCCCGACGCGACCGGCCGCCUCGAGAUCCUGCGCAUACACACCAAGAACAUGAAGCUAGGAGACGAUGUCGAUCUAGAACAGAUCGCAGCAGAGUCUCACGGUCACGUGGGCGCUGAUCUCGCGUCUCUGUGCUCGGAGGCAGCCUUGCAGCAGAUUCGUGAGAAGAUGGAUCUCAUUGACCUCGAGGACGAUCAGAUCGACGCAGAGGUUCUCAAUUCUCUGGCUGUCUCCAUGGAUAACUUCCGGUACGCAAUGACGAAAUCGUCUCCAUCGGCGUUACGUGAGACAGUAGUGGAAGUUCCCAACGUGACGUGGACCGACAUCGGAGGGCUGGAGGGAGUGAAGCGUGAACUCCAAGAACUCGUGCAGUAUCCGGUCGAACAUCCCGAUAAAUUCCUCAAGUUCGGCAUGCAGCCCUCGCGCGGUGUUCUCUUCUACGGACCUCCUGGUUGUGGUAAAACUUUGCUGGCAAAGGCCAUCGCCAACGAGUGUCAGGCCAACUUUAUAUCAGUGAAGGGACCGGAGCUGCUCACCAUGUGGUUCGGCGAGUCCGAGGCCAACGUACGCGACAUCUUCGACAAGGCUCGAUCGGCGUCUCCGUGCGUGUUGUUCUUCGACGAGCUGGACUCCAUCGCCAAGUCGCGCGGCGGCUCCGUGUCGGACGCGGGUGGGGCGGCGGACCGCGUCAUCAACCAGAUCCUCACCGAGAUGGACGGCAUGGGCGCCAAGAAGAACGUCUUCAUCAUCGGUGCCACAAACAGACCGGACAUCAUCGACCCGGCCAUCCUGCGUCCCGGCCGCCUGGACCAGCUCAUCUACAUCCCGCUGCCGGACGAGAAGUCCCGUGAGGCCAUCCUGCGCGCCAACCUUCGCAAAUCGCCCAUCGCUAAGGACGUUGACUUGUCUUACAUCGCUAAGGUGACGCAAGGCUUCAGUGGCGCUGACCUGACGGAGAUAUGCCAGCGAGCCUGCAAGCUGGCCAUUCGCCAGGCCAUCGAGGCGGAGAUCCAUCGCGAGAGGACUCGCCAGCAGCAGGCCGCCGCUGCCGUUAUGGACAUGGACGAGGAAGACCCCGUUCCGGAGAUCAGCCGCGCUCACUUCGAGGAGGCGAUGAAGUUCGCGCGCCGCUCGGUGUCCGACAACGACAUCCGCAAGUACGAGAUGUUCGCGCAAACCCUGCAGCAGAGCCGCGGCUUCGGAACCAACUUCAGAUUCCCAACAAACGCGGGAGCUACAGGGGGCACGGGUACUUCAGCGGGCGACCAGCCCACGUUCCAGGAGGAGGGGGGUGACGACGACCUGUACAGCUAAACUGUGUCUCGCUCGCGACCUCGGGGCAUCUCCACCAUCUCGAUAGACCAGAACUAACGUCCUGUCUGUUUGUCCUGCGUGUCGCCACACCACACCAACAUGGCGCCUGGCCCCGGCCGGUACACGUAUGCGAUAGUGACGCAGACAUCGGACGUGUAGUUCUAAACAUACGGCGGCGUCGCGACUAGAUAUAUAUAUAUAUAGUUUUAAAUAAAAGAAAAGAAAAAAAAUACAAAACCGGCGCGCGAGUCUGACUGCGCGUCGCAGUCUCAUAAAAUUCACGUGUCUAAUGUAAAUUUAAUUUAUAGUUAAUCAUUCUCCGCUCGUUUAGUUAUUGAUGUUUGUGUAAUGUAUGGCCCGAACUAGUGGCUCGUAAGUUCAUAUUGUAUGUUGUCGGGUAGCUGUUAUACUUACUGUAUCUGCGCCCGGUCCUCGGUAACGUUGCCGACUUCACGAUGUUCAGUGAUUUUAAUUAAAGGUUUUUUAUAGACUAAA